UUAUGCUACAAUUGUCGGCAGAAAUGGUUGAGUGCAAUGUGUGUAAUAAUUAGUAUAAUAUCUGCAUCUCUUUACAUCUAACAGAGGCUGACAAACUACUUGUUAUUCUAUUAUAUUUUUUGGCUCGUAUCGCACCCAAAGCGACAAUCUAUAUGGUCGGGCAUUCGCCGCAUUGGUUCUGCAGUGCAUUAUAAUAUUCCGUUCAUGUUGGAGGAGGUACAUCGUUAUGAACCUGUCUGGCUUAUUUCGUUUUUGUUUCCCAGUUUUAGGGACUGUGUUGUAUUUUUGUCAAGAUGUCUCCAGUGUCGUGCAGUUUAACGUAACAUCUCAGAGCGGGAAAAUGCUGACCGUAGGAGAGACUUUUAGAGCCUCGUGUGAUGUGGGCGGGUACACACCAAUAGACCUUAUAACCAACCUACAGGUUCACUGGAAAUCCGAGAAUGGCGACAUAUGUCUAUAUGGAGAGAAAACAAAGGAUGCUCCAGAAAAAUAUGUCUGUUCCUCCAUUUCCGGCCAGGGAAUUAGUAGUUUUGUCCUUGCAGUACCAGACGUAUCCAUGGAAGACAGCGGUAAUUAUACUUGUGAAGUCGAGGAGAAGAAGACAUCGUCAGCAAUGAAGUCUUCAGUAGAACUUCAAGUCAUAGAGCUAACAACUGUGACAGAAAGAGAAAUGGCUACCACUCCCAUCACUCAUGUCGAUGAAACAACAGGCUCCUCUACAGGACGUGCCCACACGUUCCCUCUACCUGUUCUUAUAUACCUAUCAUCAUUUCUUGUAUACCACAUGUAAUAUUUCUAUGUUGCACUCUCAUAUUAAUUGAUAUUGAUGUCAUUUGUCCAUGAAUUAUAAGAUUAUUGAGUAAUAAAAAUAGUUAAAUGU